ACGACGCGCCGAAACCGAAAGAAGGCAAAGGCGAGCGCUGCACGUUCGGACAAGUCUUCGAAACAGCAAGAUUUCCGGGUGUCUCGCGAGGCUUUGUGUAGGAGUGUUUUUCGCGAGAGCGAAGAGGGGGGAGACGAGAAUGGCGUCGGAGGAGGCGCAGGUGAUCAGCUGCCACACCGUCGGGUCCUGGACCGAGCAAAUCCAGAAGGGCAACGAGCCCGACAAGCUGGUGGUUGUGGACUUCACUGCUUCAUGGUGCGGACCGUGUCGCUUUAUUGCACCUUUGCUGGCAGAGCUGGCCAAGAAAUUCUCCAGCGUCCUUUUCCUCAAGGUCGAUGUGGACGAGCUGAAGCAAGUUGCUCAAGAAUGGGCCGUGGAGGCGAUGCCAACCUUCAUGUUCGUGAAAGGGGGCAAGAUUGUGGACAAGGUGGUCGGAGCAAAGAAAGAUGAUCUUCAGCAGACCAUUGCCAAGCAUGCAGCUACUGCUUUGGCUUAAUUUGCAGUUUGUCUUGGAACAAGCUGAAAUUUGCCGUGAUAUACUAUAAGCACUAGAUGUUAUGUUAAUAUACUCUUAUGUCCGCAGCAUGAAGUGAUUUUCGUGAAACUUUACAAUCAUGAUGAAUAAAUUUGACGAAUUGAUGGUAA